AUGAGUAUCUCUCUUCAAGCAGACGAUAGUCAUUGUCAUACACCAUCACUGACUGAUUUUGUUCGAGAUUCAUUGCCAGAAAUUUGUUUUGAUUCUGGAUCAGCUGGCUUUUUAAAUUAUUCAAUGGAUAGUGUUCAAUUUUACAAUGCGCAUUGUCGUAUAUACCAAGAUAUAAAACGAUGUUUAGAUACAAAAUUAAAGCAUUGUGAUGGAAUAAGAGCUGGUUUCAAUCGACAUAUAUUAAAUUUAAUUGAGAGUUAUCAAUUACCAUUGGAAUAUUUUAAUUAUGAUAAAAAAGUCUAUGAUGAUAAUCAUUAUCUACAAAAUUUGAUCCCUUUUUGUGAUGGAGAUAAACUGUCAAAUCAUUUUUCACAACAAUUUGAUCGGUCGUUAUUGAAUUGUUUAACAAAAACAACUUUAAAUAAACAUAAAGAAUGUUUAACAAUAUUUAAACAAAACAUUCAUACAAUAUUGCAAACAAAAACAUCAUUGAAUGAAAUCACGAAAUGGUCAGAAGAUUUUCUUCGAUGUAUUUACAAUUCAAUUCCAACUAGUUGUCCAACAGCAACCAAAGAAGUAUUUGUUUUCAAAGAACUAUUAGCGGUACCCGAUAAGCAUAAUGAAUCAACAUCAACAUCAUUAAAUAUCAUGAAAAUUGUCAAACAAAAAUUACCAAGUCAAAAUGUAGAAGGAUUUGCACAAUCAAAACGAGCGACAUCAUCUAUUCAUGGUGAUCCACAUAUUCUUCAACUUCAUACAAACAAACCGAUCACAUGCAGAUUAUUACACAAUCGCACGUAUCUAUCAAAUCCUCAUUUUAAAAUAACUGGUGUGUCCAAGUAUGUCGGCGAUCCGGACCUGACAGCAACUGCAAUUACAUCUUUACAAAUUGAUUUCUUUAAUUCCAAUGGUAGUUUAAUUUCGUAUUAUAAAGUAUCCAAUGGUAAAUUGCCAUUAGAAUUAAUCUAUUUUGAUUCGUUAGCAUCGUCAAUAAUAAAAAUUGAUUAUAGCGAAAAACAUGCGACUGAAGGUCAUAUCGCUUUGAUUCAUGUUCCAACAUCGACACAAAUCAUAGUUAAUCGAUGGGCAAAUUUUUAUUUUUUUGUUGUUCGUUCAUCGGAAUUGUUAUUAAAUAAUUCCGAUGGAUAUUUAAUAACAGGUUGUCCUCAAAAUGAAAUUAUCGAUCGGCAAGCUAUCAUUGCACGUUUAAAAGAACGUUUUGCACAAAGUCAACGGAAAACUAUAGUUGGCACAACACGUCAACGUCGCCAUAUAUCUUUAGAAGAAUCACAAUUGCCCAACGAAUGUGAACGCAUUUGUUCAUCGAACAACAAUGAAUUUCCGGAUGAAUGCUUAUUUGACUGUUUAGCUAUUGCGUCAGUAAAUGCUACACAAGCAUUGCAUGUAAAUCAAAUGCAUAUUAGAAUGAGUCGAGAACGGCGACAACUUGUUGACAACGAUAAACGUGUUGUUCGUGAAUUUGAACAAUGUUAUACAAAAGGAUUAGCUUGUAAAAGAACACAUGACCCAGAUGAAAGCAAUCAUGGAGAAAGAAUAAUAAAACAAACUUCAUUGUUAACAAUUAGUAGUAUUUUAUAUACUAUUGCAUUAUUUAGCUUUUUUUAG